AUGGAAAAGUAUUCACGCUGGAGGGAUGCAGGAACUGGCAUCCAACCAUUCCUACCUCCUGUGCCACCGCGCACUGAAUCAAGUCUUUUGCACACAAUGUCUAAUGUGGUUCAUUACAUUGUUUGUCCCAUCCAAGGCAUUGUCAAACUCCUCAUUGUGGCUAUUAUAACGCUUGCCUAUGUCUUGUUUGUCCCAGUUCUUGGCACACUUUUUUCCCCUUUAGCCUUUGCCCAUAGGCUGUGGACAAGGUUCUUCUCUGCCCUCUUGCUGCGCUUGGUCCUUUUCUUCAGCGGAUUCUUUUACAUAAAGACUGAAACUAUCUCGUUGCGAAAAGGUCGUGGUACAAACUCUACCAAACCUCAAUUCAAUGUUUGCUCGGGAGAUAUUGUUGUAUCCAACUGGACGUCAUAUAUUGAUAUUCUCUAUCUCGCCUGCAGAUGGGAUCCUGUAUUCACACAGAUCUUUCCUGUGGAGAACAAAGUGUGCCGAGUAAGUCUGUGGCAGGCCAUCCGUUUGUGCGGAAGUACACCUAUCAUGUCAGCUGCAGACGCAGGAGUCGAUAAAAAAGAUCUUUGGACCCUCAAAGAACUGGCCAAAAAGGCCAAAGAACAACACUGGGGACCAGUAAUUGUGUUCCCCGAAGGCACUCCUUCUAAUGGGCGCGCAUUGCUUCAAUUUAGUCCCAUAUUUAAGGAUUUCAAAUCGACAGAUCGCGGUAUCGCAAUUCAUGGAAUGGCAUUCAAGUACGAAUACAGUAACCUUCCUCCUUCCUAUACAGUUGGAAAUAUGUUUUUCCAUUAUGCAUCCAUCUGCUCGCAGUUCUAUAAUUAUAUGACUAUUAAGCAGCUUUCAGACGAAGACACACCCUGCUCAGCUUCCAAGGGCUCUCUUAGCGGCAUCCCUCAGUCGGCUGACUUUUCUUCCUUUGCUGCCUCAGAUGAUUGGGUUGGUAGCCAGUUGAUUUCUAGUUUAAGCACAAUGGCUAGACUUCGAAAGACACACUUGGGCAUGGAAGACAAGCGCGCAUUUAUGAACUACUACAACCAGCAUGGAAAGAAGCAACGCACUGCCUAAUUCAGAAAAUUCAUAUGAAGUGGCGUUGUUUUAGCCAAUCAUUCACACAAAGGUUUAGAUUAGAUUCAUUUUUUUUCUCAAUAAAAAUUAUAUAAAAG